UAAUCCCUCAGAAUAAAGCCGCGCUGUGAUUGGACACACGCCUCCUCUAUGACUUUCACUCCGCGCGCGGUGAUUCGUCACGACGUCACGACGCCGCAGCUCGUGACGCAGUCACCGGCUCUUCCUCCUGGGCGUCUUCCUCCCCCUGGGCUGUUCCGGAUGAGCCUCCCUCCCUCCCUCCGCCCCUCUGAUCCUCUUAUCAGCGAGUAAGCGGCCAAGAUGGAUGUUGUAAACCAGUUGGUGGCCCAAGGGCAGUUCACGGUAGUCAAACAACCUUUGGGAUUUAUAAAAGUUCUUCAGUGGAUCUUUGCAAUCUUCGCCUUCUCGACAUGUGGCAGUUACUCUGGCAUGUUCAAGAUGAGUGUGGAGUGUAAAAACCGGUCGGAUAGUGACCUAGACAUUGAAGUACAAUUUGAGUAUCCAUUCAGGCUCCAUCAGGUUUACUUUGACGUUCCCACCUGUAAGGAAGGGAAGGACGAGCGUCUAUUCCUGAUUGGGGACUACUCCUCCUCAGCCGAGUUCUUCGUCACCAUCGCUGUCUUCUCCUUCCUCUACUCGAUGGCAGCCCUGUCUGUAUACUGUUUCAUACUGGAGAAGUACCGUGAAAACAACAAAGGCCCCCGGAUCGACUUUGUUGUGACGGCGGUCUUUGGCUUCAUGUGGCUGGUGUCUUCCUGUGCUUGGGCUAAAGGCUUGUCAGAUGUGAAAGGAGCCACUGAUCCAGAGAAUGUCAUCAAUCAGGUCGCGGCCUGUGAAGAACAAGAGAAUCGCUGUCGUGAGAUUUACGAACCCAAAGUCUCCGGCCUCAACACCUCCGUGGCCUUUGGCUUCAUCAACUUGAUCCUGUGGAUAGGAAACUUGUGGUUUGUGUUCAAGGAGACCGGCUGGAUGGCUGCCUUUUCUGGAACAUACGUCCCAUCGCAGGAAAAGCAGCCCGCUCCUGACUCCUUUGCGCAGGGAGGCUACGGACAGCCGGACCCCUACGCCGGCUCCCAGGGAGGCUACCAGCCAGAAUACGGCCAGCAGGGAGGCUACAACGAGGAAGGAGGUUACAGCCAGGGCUAUGAACAGCAGCCCACCUCCUUCUCUAAUCAAAUGUGAGCCUGUCCAGCCAAACCACAGCUGUAGGAUGGGUGACCUUGUGAUGUUGGAGUGUGGCUCUCGAAGCACCACCUAUAUUUCCACACUGUUUGUCUGUUUGUGUAUCUGUGAGCUGACCGGCGGAGGGUGGGUGGGAGCCACGGA